GCUUCCACUGUCGUGUUUAUCGUUCGUAUAGUUGUGUUGACCGACAUCCCGUUUGUUUACUUAACAUAAUUCCCUGAAAAGUUUGUGUAAGGGGCGUUUAUUCAACUCACUCAAGGAGCCAUUACAUAAGCAUGAAACCAUAAGUUUAACUCCGUCUGAAGAGUCCCUCUCUCACUCAAUGUGUGGUGAUAAAUGACAAUCUCAAGCCGUCAUGGAUAAACUCCGCGAGCUCUUUCACGCCUGUGAUGUUAACCGUUCCGGACGCAUCGAGAAAUGGGAGUUUGAGAAAAUAUGUUCCGAGCUUCAUGUCCGACCCAGCGAGAUUGAUGCAAUAUUUUCCAAACUUGACACCGAUAAAGACGGCACGAUCAAUCUGGAGGAGUUUAUGAACGGAUUUCAAGAGUCGCACUUGCUGAACCCGAACAUGAUCGGUGAAAACGCCGGGGAAAGUUUCUUUGCGGCCUGGGAGGACUUUAAAUCCCGCCAUCAGGUGAAAUUCAUUCCCAGGCUUGACCAGGUAUCAACUCUCUACCAGAACAUCAGCCUGACAGAGCCCAGAAUGGUCCCUCAAUAUGAAAGAGUUUUGUACAAUUUCAUCAAAGAGAUCCAACUAUUAAACACAGAAAUGGAGCAUUUGGCACUUGCUGUAAAGAGAGCUCAGGAUCAGGCUAAUAUACAAUUAAGUGAGAUGGAGGAAGAGAUGGACCAUCGCAUCCACGUCACAGAGAGAAACACACGUCUACAGGAGUCUAAAAAAGCUGAUGCAGCGUUGAGGAGCAUGAAACACCAGUACGAGUCACAGAUUUGUGAACUUCAGCAGAAGAUACAGACCCUACAGAUGAUUGAGAACCAAAAUAAAAGCACAAGCCUCAAGGAGGAGACAUCGACAUUGAAACGAAAAAAUAAUGAGCUACUGCUGCAAAACCAGAAGUUGAAACAAGAACUGCUGGAGAGCCAAAGUAACAUUGCGUUUCUCCAAAGUGAACUAGAUGCUCUCAAGAGUGAUCUCACGGACCAAAGCAUCAACUGUGAAAGAGAUGAAGCCAUGAUUAAAUGUUUCGCUGAGGAGCGAGAGAACCUGGAGAGACAAAUCAAGAUGCUUCAGGCAGCAAACAGAAAGCUCCAUGACAGUAAUGAUGGUCUGCGUGGUGCUUUGGAGAACAGUCAAAGCAAAAGUAAGACUCAGCUCUUACCUGAAGUUUACAUGAAUCGAAGAAACCCCUUGUGUGCCCCGUAUUUUGAUCGAUCCUGUGACACGUCUGCAGAUGAAGACUUUGAACGGUUUCAGCUGAUAGCUGGUCUGCGCAGACCGAGCUAUGAAUCUCUGGCCCUGGCCCUGUGUGAUCCAUGCAUGCGCAGACAUAGCUAUGAGGAGGACAGCUGCAUAGACAGUGGCAUGUCCACCCUGCGCUCAAAUACUGGAUACGAAUUCGAGCAUGAAAGAGCUUCCUGUGCAAAUAUUGACCAAGGUGCAGAAAACAGCACCACUGUAUCUGGAGACACUUCGGACACAGAGGUUCUAGAGGGGCGAGACGAAUCUGGAUCAGAUGGUGAAUCGGUUCAAAGUUGGACUCUAAUGCAAUCCACACCAAAAAAUGUUCUCGCUGCUUCAGGAAAGAAGUGUUUGUCAGCUAUCUUCACUGAGAGAGGCAAAGAUGAGUUGGCAGCGAGCCCGGCUUCACCUGAAAAGGCCUACAGGAUUGUUCUGGCAGGAGACGCUGCUGUGGGCAAAUCCAGUUUCCUUCUUCGUCUCUGUAAGAACGAGUUCAAGAACAGCACUAGUACAACUCUGGGUGUUGAUUUCCAGAUGAAAACGUUGGUAGUGGAUGGGGUCCCAACAGUCCUGCAGCUGUGGGACACAGCUGGACAGGAAAGGUUUAGAAGCAUCGCAAAGUCUUACUUCAGGAGAGCAGAUGGAGUUCUUCUGCUGUAUGAUGUCACCUGUGAGAAGAGCUUCCUGAAUGUGCGUGAAUGGGUUGACAUCAUUGAGGAUGUGUCUCAGGACGACAUUCCCAUCAUGCUUGUGGGUAAUAAGACAGAUCUGAGGACAGAAGCUCUUCAGGAGGGAAUGACUUGUAUUCCAACUAGCUACGGAGAGAAACUGGCCAUGACAUACAGUGCUUUAUUCUGUGAGACAAGUGCGAAGGAUGGGUCCAAUAUAAUUGAGGCUGUUCUUCAUUUAGCACGAGAGGUGACCAAGCAUGCAAAGGACCACAAGGAGCCCAUAGCAGUAGCCAAACUCUCUAAAAGUCCCAACAAAAAGAUGUCCAGUGAAAACUGCUGUAUGGGCUAACACGUGCACAUGGCUCCCAAAAAAUAUUGUCUGCAGCAUUCCUGUCUGAGCCUGUCAUCUAUGUGCAGGCACUAUGUAAGGCUUUUAUAAAGAGUUUAUGCUAACCAAACACAUAUUUAAACUACUUAUUUAAGUCGUUAAAGAUGAGAAGUCAUGGAACAACAGUAUUAGGGACUUUAAGCAACAGCCUCUGGUGGAACGGCAACGGCAUUCUGACGUUGUAUUGCGCAUGCGCGAAUUUAAUUGCUACUUUGCGACGUUCUACUGUAACGGUCUACUACGGGAGAACAGCUGAUUUGCUGUAGUAGCUACAACGUGAGAGAUAAUGUAAAUAAAUGUUAUGUUUUAUGGCAUAUGACAUUGUAAUUACAUCAAUUUAUGAUUGUACCACAAGUCUUUUAUAUAAUAUGUGUUAAAAUGUUUUAAAUUUAAGCAAAUUUAACGAAUUUUAAGUAUUCAACAUUUUCAAGUAUUGCUUAAAUCUAGGUUUUUAGACUUAUAUACAUCAUACAAUAGGAAAAACUCUUCUUCUGACAAAAAAUGUCAUUUAAUGCCAAAAGCAAUUCUUCUGUUGUUUUUUAAAUUAAAUUUUUUUGUAUCUCAGUAAAUGAAUAAAUGCCUGUGUUGCGCUGUCCUGUUUACGGUUGCUUAGUGAUUUUUACGUUCUUGGCUACGGCGGUGUGACAGCAUACUACCAGUCGCCGUAGCCAUUCCAUUCCCAGCUGUUGCUUAAAGUCCCUAUUGUCUUUAGGGCAGGGACUUUAAGGAAUUGAGACAUUGCACAAAAAUUGGAGGGGGGGUGUCCACUGUCUUUAGUAGUCCCGAAUUCCCCUGCUGUCAUAGAAAAUUAUUAGUAGCUUAUAAAGUGAAACACUUUUUUGUUUACACACAUUUAGUUUAAUAUGCUGCACCUUGCCUUUAACUAUUUAUUACCUUUUGUCAAAGUGAAAAGGAAUCUUAUAUUGUAAUAUAUAUGUGGUCUUAAAGAAUUUGAAUGAUGUAUUUUAAUGUAUUUUAUAAAAAUUUGAUGGGGAAUGAGACAUCAGUACAUUCUGUUUAUCAAAUUAAACCAAUUCACGUCUUUAGAAUUGUUACAGGAGGGAUGCACAACAGCUUCUCUGGAUAUUCUGUCAGAAUUGAUUGGAUAAUGUACAGAAGUUAGUAAUGGAUUCAAAACAUCCUUAUUUUUCAGAUUAUAUUUUCUUUGCUCAAUGCUAAAUUAAAGCAGUUUUUGUGGAUGCCUCUAUUUAUAACUGAUGGUUUAUGCAUUUCAUAAAGUAGGCUAUAUUGUUGUAAUUACAUAUUAUUCAUUUUGGAAAUCACAUUCAAUUUGUGUUGUUACAUUAAUGUAUUCUGUAAUAAACUAUGGAU